GGAGGGAGCUGGGAGAGGGGGCGGCGACGGGUCUCCCAGCUGUGUUACGUACAGGUGUGAGGCGGCCGGUAUGUAAAUCAGGUGUGUCCGGGGGAGGUUAGUUACGUAGUUUGCGGAAGCUGCGGGCCUGUUGAUGAGGCCGCUGCGCGGGGACGGAACAGAAGAGAAAGUUGCUGGAGUUCCGGAGAGAAGUUGGUGUCCGGGUCUGAGACGUCUCCAACAUGGGGGGAGCCUCCAGCCAUCUAUCCAAACAGCUGCUGAAGGAGUACCAGGAGCUGACUUACCUCACAAAACAGGAGAUCCUUCUUGCUCAUAAAAGAUUUGGUGAUCUUCUACAGAAAGAACUCAGAGGCAACGUUGAAUCUAUCAGGGUCCCAAAGGAAAAGUUUCUGACUUUGCAGGAAUUAAAGGCAAAUCCCUUUAAGCAUCGGAUCUGCCAUGUCUUCUCUACGUCAGAGCAUGAUGAUGACAGCAUGUCCUUUGAAGACUUCCUUGACAUGCUGAGUGCUUUUAGCGAAUCUGCUACUCUUGAAAUUAAAUCUCACUAUGCCUUCCGGAUUUUUGAUUUUGAUGGGGACGGUGCCCUGAAUGAAACAGACUUGGAGACACUGGUGAAUCAUUUGACAGGUGUAGACGAAGACACUAAGCUAAGUAACAACGAGAUGAAGCAGCUUAUUGCAAACAUUCUGGAAGAGUCGGACAUUGAUAAGGACGGCACGAUAAACCACUCUGAAUUCCAGCACGUCAUCUCCAGAUCUCCCGACUUUGUCAGCUCCUUCAAGAUCAUGCUGUGAAUGUUCCUGCAGUAUGAAUUACAGCGAAGCCACUGGAAUCAAUCUGUACACUGUGAAUCCCCUCUGAUGAAUCUAUGCAACCUGUAUCUGAGGUCUUCCAGGAAAUCCCACCAAUAACCAGUACUGAAUUAACUCCACAGCGGAGAGCUCUGUACACAAUAACUGCUGUCUGUUUACACUUCACUGUCAGUGCCUGCCCCCAUUUACUUGUGUAGAUUCAGUUGCACUGGUCCGAUGUAUGCAGGAGAACAGGGUUGAACGUUGAACAUAUGCUCAAAAUCUGGUGCCUUAAUUAGGUUUUAAAGUAAAGCUUUUUUUUUUUUGUUUUGUUUAUUUGUUUACUAACAAUAUAGUUUGUAAAAACAUUUUAAAGGUUAACUCCAUACCAGGAAAAAUAAACUGCAUAUACAUCAGUUUACAUUGCACAGUUCUAAUUUUAGUUUUUCAGCUGUUAUGUAUUUCAGGGCAUUUUGUAAGUUCAUGACCCGUAAGUGCUUGUUCCUAUCUUGUCACAUCACCAAUCACUGUAGUUCAGUGCGUAAUGAAGAACUGCAUCCACUGUUGCUUGUAGUAUGGACCAUUCUCUGCAAUGAAUGCUGUCCUCUUUCUGUCGUCAGCAGUGCUCCGGGGCUCCCGUGGCUUUAUUGCUGCACUUGGGUAAUCCCGCUUUAUGCAAAGGAAGCGGGCACGCACUCUGUGCUGCUGAAGCUUAGCACUCCUACGUAGACAUUUAAACCUUUUAUCACUCUUAAGGGCCCCAUCCACUAGAACAAUUAUGCCUGAUUUCAGCCCAAUUCGGGCAUUCUGGCCGAUAUAUUGGGUGAAAUCGUGCAAUUUUGGCUGUGUAUCCGAUGCGCGGCCCCGUGAGCGUCGGUUCGACUCCUCUAGGUCGUUAGUGCUGCACUCGUGAUAUGUCUGUUCCCGUAGGUAUGGCUGGGAUCGCAUACAAAAUGUACCAAAUCGUAUGGAGCCACUCCCGGGAAGCAGUGGUUCCCAACCGUGGUCCUCAAGUACUUGCAACAGUUCAUAUUUUCCAGGUCUCCUCACAGGAUUGCAAGUGAAAGAAUUAGCUCCACCUGUGGGUCUUUUAUAAUGUGUCAGUGAGUAAUGACCUGGAAAACAUGCACUGUUGGGGGUACUUGAGGACCUAGGUUGGGAACCACUGCUCUAAAGGGAAACUACCCUGGUGGCACACAGGUAGAAAAUAACACAAAUUAUUUCUUAAAGAAAAAAAAUUGCAGUUGAUGAAUGAGGAAAGUGUAGUUCUCCUUUACAUGUUAUGACUGUUAAUACUCUGUGUCCUUCAAGUACUUCAGUUACCAAGAAAUGUCUUUACUACUUUCUGUACUAACCGAUCUAUCAUUCACUGGAUGUACAAAUUAUUUACAUGGAGAAGAAAUUACAGGAUGGAAGAUUUAUAUUUUUGUAUUCUGAUGUGAUCUAUCCUGAAGUGUGAUACUGUACAACCCACUGGCUGGACGGAAGCACAAUUUUGUAUACAAUUUUUUUUUUUUUUUUUUUUUUUUUAUAAGAUCUUAUCCUGACACUACUUAUUAGACCAAAAGUAAUUUUAUUUUUUCAUUUGAACACGGUUCUCCCUGGUAUACAACAGAUAACAUUUUAUUUAUAAAAAUAAGUCAAAAGUUAAAUCAAAUGUCAUAACCUAGAAAUUCAAGCAUUGUUUUAAAUAUCUGACAUCUUACAACCAGAUGGCUGAUCUAGUGUUUAUAGACAGACAAUAAGCUCUGUGUAACUGGGAGAUAAAUUGCAGUAAUCUGUAACCUGAAUAUUGUCAUAAAUAUUUACCAGGGAAAUAUUUGAGAUAAAUUGUUUUCAUUUAACUAGUUUGCUUAUGAAACAUUUCAUGUGCGUUUUUAUAGCAUCCAGAAAGGUUAGCUAUAAAUCCGGUCUUAUUAUAGUCCUGGCUGAUACAUUUAAUUUGCACUGUUUUCUUUGCACUUAAGAAAAACUUUCUGUAUCAUAUAUUGUAAUCUUACUACAGGGUGAUUUAAAAUAAAAUCUUUUAUAAUAUGACCACAAAA